CACACGUCGAGACGCCCAACAUGGCGGAGGCGGGAAAGGAGCAGGUGCUUCUGGGGGUCACGGGAGGAGCUGCUGCCCAGUGGCCGCUACAGAGGUAUGGGCGCUUCAUGCCCUUGGGCACCGGAGAGCCGCCUAGGCCAGAUCAGGGAGCGGGGACAGCCUCUUCCCCGACUUGGAAGGUUUUUGACUCCAGUGAAGAAUCUGGGUAUCUUGUUCUCACUAUAGUUAUAUCAGGCCAUUUCUUCAUUUCACAAGGACAAACACUACUGGAAGGGUUUUCACUGGUUGGUAGCAAGGACUGGUUGAAGAUUGUAAGACGCGUGGACUGUCUGUUGUUUGGAACAACGAUAAAGAACAAGAGCCGCAUGUUCCGGGUCCAGUUUGGUGGCGGGUCAAAGGAGCAGGCACUGGAACAUUGCUGCAGCUGUGUGCAGACCCUGGCCCAGUAUAUAACCGUGCAGGUGCCUGACGGGAUCAGCCAGGAGCUCCAGCUGAAUCAAGGCCCACUGAAGGCAGGUGAAGGCCCAGGGAAGGGCUGUGUGCAGAGCAGCCCCCUGAAGCUUGAAACACACCAAACCUCAGAGCAGGAGUCUGUACCAGCCAGAACAAGCACUGCAGGAGCAAGGACCUCAGUAACCUGGUUAGCGCAGGUCCCCAACUCUGGGAAAUUCUAAUCUUGGAUUGAUUCCAAAUUUGCAGCUCCAUCUCUUGAAAUCAACAACUGCUGAUGGAACCAGAUUAUUCAUGUUACAGUCCAUCUUGAAAUUGACUUUAACACAACCUGAAGCUCUCAUACUAGCCGUUUUCUCGCAUAUCAACUUAAAGCAUAAGGAAUGUGCAAUUAUUUUUUGGCAUAGUAUUCCAUUUUAUUUUGCCAAUAAGAACAAAACUGUACAGCUUGUCCUGGGAAUCAAAAUGGCCACCAGUCAGUUCCCUGCAGUCUACACUGCAGUGUUCAUUUCCACUCACUGUCUUCCCUCCAAUCUUAGCUACUCGUCAAUAAACUGCAAAUACAAAUAACACAAGACUGAAUCAAUGUGCAAUAACAUACUUACAUUGGCCCAGCUGGUUCGUCAUCUACACAGGUGUUCAGUUUUUUAGUAAUCCAUUGAGAGACAGAGAAGAAAGGAGAAAAUCGUGAGAUUCUGCAUAAGGAUUGACAAAACAGCAAACGGCAAGUGGCAAACAUGGCUAUUCAUAGCACUGAUUCAAGGCCAUUCCAUCUGGAGGUGCAAAACACUCAUGGAGUUAUUAUUUCUAGGUUCAAGUUUUUAAUGGCAGGUAUGUUGUUUCAAUGGUUUUAGUUAACACUUUGAAUGCUUGUCAUGAAAAACUGCAACUGUAGCGGACAGAGAGGCUGCAAUAUUAUAUUCAUCUUGUCCCCAAGUUCCAGUGGUUCACUCUUAAAUAGAUGAGAAGACAAACCAACAUUUCAGUUGUAAAAUCCUGCUGUUUGUUUUCUUGUGGUGAAUGCAUGCACAGUUCUGGUUCAAUCCUACAGUGCAGAGGAAUGUGUAUUCUAUACAUUUAACCACACAUCCUCACUUCCCCCAAAAAUACUGCUUUUUUUCUCGCCAUUUUGUAAUCUUUGGGAGACUCUUUAGUUUGGAGAAUGUGACUGAGAAAGAGGAAGCCUCGACUGUUCAACCUACACUAUGCCAGCCGUGCGCGGCUGUACUCUGCAUACCAGAGUCUGUUCUGCGACACACCAGGGAAAGCUGAGUGGUGACAGCCCUCUAGAAAAGAACGUUAGAUAACUAUACAGGCUCAUUCCAAUGUCCUGGCCAAAACCAGAACCCAAACCUAGAUGAGCCAUGAGAUUGAUUGUUUUAAUUGAAAUGCUUCUAUCUGAGUUUUAGAAGCCUUCUUAAAAUUGGUAUUUUAUGACUCUAAUUUGUAAGUUUUUCUUUCCUGUUUCAACUAAGGGCAAGUUGGGGUCCCCUUUAAGCAGGGAUAGACUUAGAUUUUUUUUUUUUUAAAGACCCACAAAGGGAAAAGAACAAGUAAGUGCUCUUAAAUCCUUCUCGUUUUAUAAGUCAGGUGGAAGAAAUGAUUCAAGAGUUUGAUUUCACUGAAGGCUUCUAGAAAAACUCUCAGCAGGAUUCCACAAGGGGGCUUAGUGCACAUGAAGCAGUUAUGAGAUUACAGUCUCAGUGUAGGCAUCUGCAGGAGCACACGUCAGGAGUAAUGUCUGUCAGAAGGAGACAUUGCUCCACCUGUUCCUUCGAGGCAACGGAGAGGCAAAGCCACCGCCAGCACACACAGUGACUGGAGCAAAAAAAUAUUUCAAAAAAAAAAAAAAAAAAAAAGAAAGAAAGAAAGAAAAGAAAAGAAAAAAGAACCAACCACAAACCAACAGUUUAUCAGCCCGGCUAGCAACACACCAGUGUCCACAGGAGUCUAUGACUAACAUCAGUUCACUAUCAAACAGGUACAGAGAACAAACUAAGACUUAAGGACACCCAAGACAUCUGUGUGUAUAGACAUUUCAGUUACUAAGACACACAAACCCAACCUAAUCCUUCCUCAGCACAACCCCUAAUGCUCUCAGCAUCCCAGCCAAGCCAGCUCAGCUACAUGCUAGGAACUAAUAAGCACUUCGGGGACUUAAAGGAAAAGAGACAGUAGCAAACUUAGAAUAUUUUUAGUGCUCUGGCUGUGCACCUGAAAACACAAAAUUCUAAAGCAAGACAGCUGAUUCAAGAAUACCAACAAACUACUCCCACCAUUAAAGGAAGGGCAGGGCAGGGGUGAAUCGCGAUGGCCAGGCUAAUCUUUUCAAAGCAUGAUGCUGGCAGCACCAACCCAAGCGCUUCACGCCACAAGUUUUUCUUUCCUUUGGUGGUGUGGGCAUAUUCCCUGGUGUCUGACCAGCAACAUCAUUUUUCAGCCCAACAAGCUAACAAACGUGCAAAAGGCCGCAUUGUAGGGGUUUUAGCGAAAGUGGUUCUGGUGUAGCUGUCAUGCCAGCAAGUGGGAGCAGCUGCUAUUCACAGUAGUGCCUACAGCUUAAGAUCUCCCCCUUCAUGUCUUCCUCCAAAUCCACUUUCACAUUUACAAGGAACAAAGAAAAGAGCCUCCUAUCUUCACUUUCCUAGACUGAAUCACUACCUGCAGCACCACUCUCCCUUCACAGGUCAGACAAAGCAACAAUUUGACCCCUAAAAGGGAAAUCAGGAGAGAGGGAAAAAAACAGAACUACAGAAAAAGGUACAAAAAUCAAAGUAAAUGAGGGUUAAACAGCAAACUGAAAUCCAAAUUAGUUGUGAAAGUGAAUGAAGUAAACUUGAAGUGUUAACAUCAUGAACUGUGCAUUGUAUAGACUGAAGCGGAGAUUAAACAAACUCCAAAAGCAUGCAUAUCGCUCACUUACCACCAUGUUUUAAGGGUUUGAUGCAAUUGAGGGGGGAAAAAAAAGAAGUCAUAGUAACCGACAAAUAUCAACAAACCCCGAACCCUCAGGCCAAAAGACGGCCUUAAGCAACGACUGUUCUCUCCACCUGGAAUUAUUCGCAGCCAGAGUCUAGAUGAGAGGAAGAGGACUGGGAAGAAUGGAAACAAGAUGUGUCUGAAAUCUACUGAUGCGAGUGAAGUUCUGGGAGCUGCUGCGCUCUGAUUUAUCUGAAUAUUCUGUCUCCCUAACCAAAUGCAUUACAGCCUUUGCUCCCCUGUGUCUGCCUCGUCACUGGAAGGCGCUUUAGAUGCCCGGUAAUUAACAGAUUACCUGAUACAGUAUCACCUCCCAAAAGAUGGCUUUCAAGUCAAAAUGACCAAGAGCUUUGACCAAGAGCUGACUGACUGGUCAAAACUCCGUUUCCAUUGUCUUCAUCUCACUGAGAAAGGGUUUAUUCCACUUAAAGUUUGCCUGAUCUCAGCAGAGUACCAUUAAACCCGAAAGAGAUUACAGUUACUUCCAGUUUCCUUCCUUGUCUGGACCUAUUGUCUUUUCUCCAUAAGGUGACUUGUGGACCCAGGUGACCUUUAGUUAAGAAGACAACGAAUUAUUUUGCGUGUCAUCUUAAAAAGUCACAUUUCUACCCAACAUGCCUGGCCUGUUAUAAAGCUUCAUAUGCUACCAAAUGUUUCACCAGCUAAUAGGUAGUGGGACAUUACAGUUAACUCUUAUAUCCAAACUAGACAUUUUAGAACUAUGAGUCACUAAAACUGAUCCCCACGAAAAGUCAAAAAUCUCCCUUAUUAAGAGUUGCUUUGACUUGCAUAUAAAAAUUAUGCCCCAGAAGUGAAAAUGGUAAAUGAUGCCAGCAUUUCUUAAGUCCAUUCCUAUUGUUUUAACCUGAGGUUACUAAAAUAUCCAGUGGAACUGAAGGUCCCAGCAACUGAACAGGUCUGCUGGCCAUCUCCAGGAAUUGCAGAGGGGUGCCGUGCCAUGAAAGCAUAUGUGGGGAACUAACAGUUAUAUUCCAAGUCCAGAGGCAAGAGGGACGCUAGCUGGACCUAGUUUUUAGUGAAUUAUUAAACUUUUUCAGAGACUGUAGAUAAGAGGUGAAUAAAGUGAAAAACUGAAGCUCUUACUUGGCUCCAUGACUUGCCUGUUCUGCAAACACCAAAGGUGAAAGGCAGUUAAUCUACCUGCAAGUCAACCUAUUGGUUCAGAGACCAGAAGAGAAGCCUAGUGGGAGGUAGACAUGAGUUUCACCUAUGAAAUGUCCUGAAUAUAUUCUCAGAGACAAAAAGACAUAGGCUUUUUUUUUUUUUCCUGGAAAUAGCUAAACCAUAACCCUAAAUAUUUUCUAUGUGAGAAAUCUAAAGUAAUGUUUUUCUAGUAAAACAUAUGCAGGCUGAAUUCUAUAAAUUCAAAUUUGUGUGUCUUUACACUUCGGCAGU